CAGGUGGCACCCCGCCCGAUCUGACUAGACAUAUCCACAAGACGACCACCGGUGGCGAGCGGCCCACCGCGAACCGCGCGCCUCCAAGCGGAGACCCUCACACGACGAACCGAGGGACAUCUAGUGGCGGCAUGCCUACCACUGGUCGUCCGGCGUCUGGUGGAAACCCCCAAACCACGAGUCGUCUGCCAUCUCGCGGCGAGCCAAGUGCUAAUAGCCGACUGACAUCGAGUGGCGGCCCGCAUAUCGCGGGCCGAACGACAUCUAGCGGUGUUACACACGUCACGAGUCACCUGACAUCUGGCGGCGGCCCGACCAUUACGAGUCGAGUGACAUCUGGCGGAGGCGUUCACAAGUCAAGUCGCGAUCCGUCCAGUAGCAAGCACCGUCUGUCGACCUCAGAGCGGACCAGCAACCGACUACUGAGCUCGGCGGAGGCAGUGACAGAUUGGGAGUUUAGGACCGGACGGACGACGAAGGGGGUUCAAAGUCACAAGCUUAUCGUGCAACAUCACCCUGCAGGCUCGAUGUCAACCAACGUCAUCAGAUCUGCUGCCACUACGACUAUGGUGGCUCAGCGUCUGGUAUGAGUGUUGACACCACGAGCUGACUUUCAAAACAGCACUGCGACAAGAAGCUGGCCUCACGAGAGACGACAGCCGUCCCAAGACAGAAGGCAACACCGGUGGCGGCACCCACGGAUGCUGGGUCAGCCGUCGCCACAGGGAGGGGUGUCAGUGUCGCCCUCUAUCGCAGCAAACUGGCAUUACCCCGAUCAGUUUUCGCAGCCGGGGCCAACUCGCUGACUAACAAUCUCCGUAGGCCAUCUUUGGGCGGGCAUGCGCAAGUGUGCUGCCUCUGUGAUAGUAGAUCUGACAUUGUGUAAUACAUGCUUCAUGCUCACACUAG